GGGGGGGAUUGCCAAGUUCAGCGUCUCAUAGCGCCUGAUAGGUAGGCAACAUCUUGCUUGUAGAGCUUGCGUGUAUUGCGGGAUGGCCUACCCGGAGUCUCGCAGGCGCCGAACCUCCCUAAUUUUUCGACAAAAAGACAAAAGUCCGCUCGGCACCGCAAAUGCUCACGUCCAUCUCCUAAUCUCCCUCCCCCCAGUAAAAUGGGGGAAUUUACCCCUCAUACAGAACAACUUGUAAGCCCAGGGCAUCUGUCAGUAACGGGGGGCGAUCGAUUGUGGGCGAGAGCGGGGUCCGCAAGCAGGACGCAGCGGUCGAUUGCAGGGGGUCUGUCAAAAUAAGAUGCGGUUUGGCCGACCGACCGACCGUCAACCUCGGAACGACCAGGAUGACUGAAACAUCGUGUUCAGGGGUUUUCUCGCACGCUGAGUCCAAAUCUGGUAGUGCCGAUGUCGUCCGGGCCCCCCGGGGACGUCAUUGGGGACCUCCCGAGCACGCCGAUGACACUCCCACGACAAAUACGAUUCGGCUCAAAACGUCGUGUACCCCGGCUGGUGCAUAUUUCUUAAAAGUCACCAAAUAUAAUUAUUAUUAAUAGCAAAUCGCCCAUAAUAGUUUAUUAUCCAGAUCAAUUCACUAUUAUUGUCACAUGGCACUUCCCUGGCGUUGCCGCCUGGAGCCACACAACGAUGCACGGGACGGGAAGCAUCCCCAAAGGAUCACAUCCUGGACAAGUGAGGCGGGAUUGCCUACCCCAGGAAAGAAUCACAUUCCGCGACCACGAUAUGUCGGAACUCUGCCCAGAAAUGUUCUUGACAUGAGCAAGAGAACUCUAUGGAGUCAUUUUACCCAAAAGAAUAGGAAGAUCGGCCUGGAGGUGCACCUGACUUGGACAUCAGCAAAGCAGUCUAUGUGUCACCUGCUGUAUGCUGAGUUGGCGUCGCAGCACGCAGCAGGAGGAAUCGCACCUUUUUCUCAUGAUCGCAGGAAUGAAUCUGGUAUUCAGAUUCGUCCCAAGUCACCAGCAGAAACAAGCCGGCUACUUGAGGAAGACUUAAGCUUAUAAUGUUAGAAACAAUAAAGAAUUAAAAUACUA